AUGAAGCCAGUAGCUGGAGCGCAAGGAAAAGGCAUAUUUCUGUUCCGGAAGCUGAAACACGUCCAAGAUUGGAAGAAAAAGGACUCGUCCGGCUCGGAGGCACUUCCUUAUGUUGUUCAGAGCUACAUCUACAACCCGUACUUGGUGGGAGGCAAAAAGUUUGAUGUUCGGCUAUAUGUAUUGGUAACAUCGGUUCGUUGAUAUAAUUCAAUCGCGAGAAUGUUGAGCGUCAUCAUUAUAAUGACAGAAAGACCGUGAAUUUUUCGUGACCUCUCGGUGAUUUCUGCCAGAAAAACAAGCGUUUAUGUAGAAAGGAGUGUGAGGGGACAUGCAAAAAUGUAUGGAUAUUCUUUUUCUGUGACUAUGCCUUUUUCUCGCGGGCAAUAGGGAAACAAAAUCUGAAGAAUAUGAUUCAGUUCCGACCAAUGAAUGCUUGGGUUCACAGAGAAGGUUUCGCAAGAUUCUCCCACUCCAGAUACUCAACUGAUAGCGUUGACGAUGCUUGUAAGGAAAAACUACAAGCUAACUUUUGGAAUACUUCUUCCAGUUGUCCACCUGACCAAUGUGGCAGUCGCAAAGACAGCAGCUGACUAUGACCCGGAGAGAGGAUUGAAAUGGAGUCUCCCGAAGCUGUUUCGCUUUUUUCGAAACAUGCACGGACAUUUAAAAGUUUCCAAAACUAUGAAUGAUCUAGCUAAAGUGAUCAUUGAGAGUUUGAGAAGUGUGCAGAAUUUGAUAAUACAGGUCUUAUCGGAAAAUGUUCUUUUGCAAAAACGAAUUUUCAGGACGCGCAUUGUUUUGAGCUCUACGGAUAUGAUAUAUUAUUCGACGAAAAUUUGAAGCCAUGGCUUUUAGAAGUGAGUUGUUCACUUAUCCAUCCGAUCAUCUUUUCGGACAAUUGGUCUUUCUCAAUGAGCAAGAAGCAAGAAGCCAGAAGGAAAUAGAUCAUCGCAAAUGAUUUGUGUGCUUUUCAGGUGAACGCAAGUCCUUCACUCACUGCGUCUUCUCAAGAAGAUUUCGAGUUAAAGUAUCGGGUACUCAACCAUAUGAUUGAUGUACUGGACAUAGAGAAAAAGUAAGUUUUGUGAUUCGCUGUUAUCUUAUCAUAAUACGAUAAGACUAAUCGGGAAUGAGAAUGAAAUCGGAGGUUUCGACAUUCUUGUUCGCAACAAUAAACCUGUGGAGAUAUGCCGAAUGACCAGACACAAUCAACCGUUCUUUGGCGCCAGUUUGAACUUGAGAUUAGGUGAGAACACUUUCAGAACAUCCUAGGAUCAGCUGUGAAACCAGCUGAUACUAUUACAUUGAGGGAGAAGGUUUGAUGACUGGACUCUGACUCGGCUUUCCGUCUUUAUGCACUUUUUAUCGCUUCAAUUUGAGCCACUUAAUCUAAGGAGAGGGAGGAGAAAUCAAGUGCCUCCAAAUAGCUCUUUGCUCAUUCGGAAUGAUUCAGAAACAGAGAAAGUUCAAGCAGUGUCUAGAAUUAUAAGAAAAUACAAUAGAAAUUGCUGAGACCAUCCAGUAUACACUUGUAAAAUAGAGAAAAUAGAGAAUCUUUUCAAAGUCAUGAUCAACAAACCACAAAUCCAAUCAUUAUUCUCCCUUCAAAGAUAAUCUAUUAUUACACAAGUAUGAUUUACAGGUGACUACGUCGAGCCAGUUCCAAUGCCGUGAUGAGCUCAUCCCGGUGAAAACCAAUUUCUUCCAAGAACUCCUGAUCCCAUUCAUUCAUCUAACCGAGUUCUGUUGACCUUCGCGCCUCGCUCGUCUUUAUUGCACCCAACAAAUCAUCGUUUUCCACACCGGGCGAGGCUUGGUCGAACAAAAAGGGGCGUGGUCCUGAAGAGUCCGGAGCUCGGCAAGCCGAAGGAGAAGCUCAUUUGCGAGAUGAGCUCAUAGGAGAUGCGUCCUCCCCAUCUCUCAUACUCUUCUUGUCCGCUUCUUCCAUUUCUAUGCUAAUUGAAAAAAUUCUCCCGUUUUUUGACACUUUUUUCUUGAUAUUGACACGUUUUCUAUAAUUGUUUCAGCAUCUGAAUGAGGAUAUUCUUCUUCUUCCUCCUCUUUCUUUUACUAUUACUUCUUCCAUCUUUUUCUUCACCAACCACAGAAGCUUAUUUUGAUAGUAGUGAAGAAGCGCCAAAUGUUCUUCUGAAUCAUGUAAGAGCGAGCUAGUAUUCAGGAAAUGAUAAGAAGUUCAAUUUUCAGUUGGACGGUCUCGAAGAAGAGGAAGCCACUUUGAUAAAUGAUACCCAGCCAGUCUUUGUUCCAGGUGAGCCAAAUUAAAAGACGAUGAGAAAAUGCGAGAAGUUGCCCACAUAUUCAAAUCCGAACCGAAAAGUGUUCAAUAUCAUUACAGUGGUUAUUUUUGAUUGCUAAACAUUCAAUCAUGAAGACAUAUCUUUUGGUAUUCCAAAAAAUACAUCCGUACUGAUACAUAAAUCUUCUGUAUGUUGCAAUUUUAACUUUUCACUAGGGAGGCCGCUGGAAACUUAUCAAAAUUUGAAGUUGCCCUAAACGUUUGAUAAGUUGUUCAUCUUCCUCUUUUGGUUUUUUCGCCGAAUCCAAGCACAUGACCAAACCACCACCAUUCAAUUUUGCCUACGUAAGCAACCGAUCAUCCAAUUACGUGGCCUCCCCUAAUUUCUAAAAUUGGGAUGAAAAGCGUCCGCCCGAAAUGCAACAUGAGAGAGAAAGCUCAAGAAGAAAUCAGAAGAGUAGGAUCGUUGGGGCUGCAGAAGAGAGACGAGCUGCUCACAAAUCAAAACCGGUUAAUGGGUUUGGCCCCGCGCCGAGGCGAGGUGACGAUGGGGGAAAGCGACCUCAUGAUAAUGAUGAUGGGGUGAGCAGAGGAUGAUGAAGAGUUUUUCCAGGAUCAUCAAAGAGACUCACUGAAUAUCUGCUCACCAAACAUAACCUGGACGCGCCACCUGAUGGACUCCUUUACGUGGAGUAUGAGUUGGAAUUGGUUCACAUUCUCGGAAUCGACGAGUUGAAACAAACAAUGACAGUUUUGAUUUAUGUGGACGAACACUGGAUCGACCCGAGUCUCACUUGGGAUCCUGCCUUAUUUGGUGGAAUUACGAAAACUUGGGUGCCGCUGGAUAAGAUAUGGGUGCCGGAUAUUAUUGUGUUCAACAUGUGAGUUAGUCCGAAUUAGAUUAUAAUGUGUGCUGUACCCAAACCCCAUCAUAAUUAGCAUGUGUGUCAGCCGACAUGUGGCUAGCUAACUCUUAUAUUUUAUGAAUCCGGGCGGCGCAUAGCCCCCGUUGUCUAAAGGGUAAAAUCUAACAGGCUGGCUCACGAGGACCUGCUGUCGGCUGUCAGAGCUCCAGCCAGGAUCUACAGUAACGGAACUGUGGUGGCGAGUCAUCCGGCAGUGCAUACCGUUUCCUGUGAGAUCAAUAUUAGGCACUUCCCGUUGGAUGAUCAGAGAUGUGCAAUUGAGGUUUGAAAAAAGCGAGGGUGAAUAAACUGAGUUACUGUUCUGUCUGCAGAUCGCAUCAUGGGCUUAUGGCCAUGAAAAGAUCCGGCUUCACGCGCACACUGAUCAUUCUUUGGAACACUACAAAAGGAAUGAAGAGUGGCACCUGCUCAACUUGAAUGUGACAGAAGAAAAGUACGAACACGAGGGAAUCGAGGUGUCUGAAGUCAAAUUCGAGAUAUCUGUAAAGCGUCGACCUUUAUUCUACAUGGUCACACUCACUUUCCCCAGUUAUAUUAUGUGCGCCAUCUCCGUAGUCGGACUGUUUGCCCGAUUUUCAACUACCGGUGAGCGAGAGGAAAGAUUCACUCUGGGAGUGACUGCCAUUCUCACAAUGGCAGUUUUGUCUCUUGUUGUCAGUGAAAAAGUUCCUCACAGCUCAACACAUGUACCACUUCUCGGUUAGUUUCAAAAUACUGGGUUUUUUUCACUAUAGAAUCUCAGUGGCCUACUUCUUGUUCAACAUGGUCAUAGUCUCAAUUGCCGCCAUGACUACCGGAAUCGUGAUGAAAGUGCAUCGGUUAGGACGAUAUGGGGAUGAGCCACACGAGUUCUGGAUGAAGCUGUUCUUCUUGAAACCGAUCUUCAGAUCUUCGAAUGCGAGUUUUAUUAAAAGAGAAAAGCCUAUGUUGUUGUUUUGCAGAGAAGAAAGUACAAAAUGAAUCCAGAAGAGCCCACUCAAGUGAUUUUGGUCUCUGAAUCCAAGAACGGAGAAGUUAUGACCAAAAAAACGUGUGAGCUGAAUGGAGCGAUUGUCAAGGAGACAGUGGUGAGUCUUUUUCAUAUCUUGGUAUUCACCUUUUUCUACCUUUCUCUAUUUACUUCAGCCAUUAUCCUCUGCCUGUUUUCAGUUAACCGCCCGUCUGGAAGCCCUUGAAGAGUAUAUCCGAAAAAUGAUUCACCGAUGCGAAAGUAUCAAGGUAAAUGACUCAAUGAUCAUGACGCUCGUCAUCACCUUCCGGCUCUCGCGGCACCUCCAACACCCGCCACUUUUUAUUGCGUUCAUGCGCUUUCAUCUUCUUGCAUUUCGUGCUUUGUUUCUUCUUUUUCUUCAAUCCUCUCGCAUCUUGCACACACACACACACAGCUCAGGCAACAACUGUGAAGCCCAUAAAUUGUUGAAUGUGUCUUUUGCGCUGCUGGUCGGGCCCUUCACCUACCUUCUCCCCAUCAUGUUUUUUGCUCACUCUAGAGAAGAUUGAGAACCAGGGGGAAAAAUUUAAGAUUUCUAUAUAUGUAGUAGGCUUAGAGACGUUAAAUAACUCCUAAAAUAGAGAUUGAUCUAUAUGAAUUUCAGUGGGAACUCGACGAAAUCGACGCUUCUGAAAACAUUGAGCUAGUCCGACGCAAGUCCACGAAUGGCUAUGUUCGUCUCUCCGAACGACUCGACAUCGUAUUCAUGUUCUUCUUUUUGUCAACUGUCACCAUCCCGGUGGCUGUCCUAUUCUAUCUGUCCUAA